AUGGAGCUUACAAAGCGAUUGAUGUCGGAACUGGAGUACUCCAGUGAACUACAGAAAACCUUAUUGAAGUCUUACGAAAAUAAUGUUUAUGUGACACCAAAAAUUGCAUUGCAACCAAAUCCAAGCACAUUUAGCGAUAUUUUAAAGAAACCAUCUACCGCUAGUUCAUCUGUGUUGCUGAUCAAGGCAGAUGCAGUGGAAAAUGCUGAUAGCAAGAAUAUUUUCCAAGAAAUCACGUCAUCUGUUAACCCAGCUAAUCUGAACGUUUGCAUCAACUCCACUAAACGAAUAAAGAAUGAGAGCAUUCCAUCAACGGCACUUGAGUCCGUUCCUGUAUCCGUAAGGCGUUCGGCUCCUACGUUCGUGGCCGGUCGUGCGCAGUCGUGCAGGCUGCCAUUACUGCGAGCCGCCUCGGCGGAUCAAAGCGGCGCGCUGAUUGGUCGGUCGCCGACAGAGACAAUCCGAGCGCGCUUGCCUGUUUUCGGCUGCCGCGCAACGUUGCCGCGAGGGCAACCUCAGUCGAUCGGCAUCCGCCGUGUGUUUUGUAUCGCUUUCUGUCAUCUCACGUGUGUCGGGUAG